UAGCCCUCUGUUGAGUCUUCAAGCCCAGGAGGUUCAGCAACAUCUGAUGACCAUGAAUUUGAUCCAUCAGCUGAUAUGCUGGUGCAUGACUUUGAUGAUGAACGGACAUUAGAAGAGGAGGAAAUGAUGGAAGGAGAAACAAACUUCAGUUCUGAAAUAGAGGAUCUUAACAGGGAAAGUGAUAUGCCAAUCCAGGAGCUACUUAGCCGUUAUGGCUAUGAUGGUACCAUUCCCCUCCAAGAAGAUGAUGAUGAUGAAGAUGAUGAAGAGGAAGAGGAGGAGGGAGAAGAUGAUGAUGAUGUUGAUAAUGAUGACAACAGUGGCUGUAGUGGUGAAAACAAAGAGGAGACCAUAAAAGAUUCAUCAGGUCAGGAAGAUGAGACACAGUCAUCUAAUGACGACCCAGCACCGUCUGUGGCUUCUCAAGAUCCGCAGGAGAUAAUUCGCCCUCGUCGAUGUAAAUAUUUUGAUACAAAUAGCGAAAUAGAAGAGGAAUCUGAAGAAGAUGAAGAUUAUAUUCCCUCAGAAGACUGGAAAAAGGAAAUCAUGGUGGGCUCUAUGUUUCAAGCUGAAAUUCCAGCUGGCACAUGCAAAUACAAAGAGAAUGAAAAAGUGUAUGAAAAUGAUGACCAGCUGCUGUGGAAUCCUGACUUCUUACCAGAAGAUAAAGUGAUCGAGUUCCUAAACGAAGCAUCAAGGCGUACAGGUGAUGAGAAGGGCCUAGAUGCAAUUCCUGAAGGAUCACAUAUUAAAGACAAUGAGCAGGCAUUGUAUGAACUGGUUAAGUGCAAUUUUGAUACUGAAGAAUCAUUACGAAGGCUGAGAUUUAAUGUAAAAGCAGCCAGAGAAGAAUUAUCUGUUUGGACAGAAGAAGAAUGUAGGAACUUUGAACAAGGACUGAAAGUCUAUGGCAAGGAUUUUCAUGUGAUUCAGGCAAAUAAGGUACGAACAAGAUCAGUUGGUGAGUGUGUAGCAUUUUAUUACAUGUGGAAGAAAUCAGAGCGUUAUGAUUUCUUUGCGCAGCAGACCCGAUUUGGAAAGAAGAAAUACAAUCUUCAUCCUGGUGUAACAGAUUAUAUGGACCGUCUCCUGGAUGAAAGUGAAAGUGCUGCUUCCAGCAGAGCUCCAUCCCCUCCUCCUACAACUUCCAACAGCAGCACCAGCCAGUCCGAAAGGGAAGACAGCACAACCAGCAACAGUAAUCAGAAUGGGGUGUCUGCUAAUGGGCCAGGUGAGAUACCAAAUAAAGAUGAAGCAAAAAUUGAAGGAUUGCAUGUAAAUGGACCUAUCAGUGGGAAGAAAACACCUCACGCGGAUCUGGAUACAAAUGGGUAUGAAACUGAAAGCCUUUCCAUUGACCCAAAACUUGCUCAUUCAGCUUCAAGAAACGAAAAUGAUUUUGAAGAAAAAAAUGAAAGACCUCUAAAAAGAAGAAGAAUUAACAGCAAUGGAAAAGAGAGUCCAGGUUCUUCAGAGUUCUUCCAAGAAGCAAACUCGCAUGGAAAGCUUGAAGAACUAGAGACUUUGGAUGACUGAAUACUAGGAGCUGAUUUUAUUGCUUGGAGUAAAUUUUGGGUGUCUAAAAUUUUCAGGGUUGAUGGGUUACCUUACAAAAUCCAGUUCCGUAAAACGAUCUGCUGAGAUUUUUUUUUUUCUAAUACCUUCUAGUUGUCUCUUAAGAUUUGAUUAUUUGUUUUUUUCAGUGCUGAAAAGCAGUAGGAGAAUAUCCCAUUUCUCAGAGCUGGCAACUCUAGUUCCGGGAACUCCAAGGCUCUUAAAAACAUUUGAGAAACAGACCAGUCAGUUUCUGCAAAAAUACUCCCAGCCUAAUACAUUAAAGAAACUUCUGUGUGUAAUACACCAUUUAAGCAUUGUACAAGUGAACAAGGCAUCCUAUUUAAAGCAGGGGGCUGGUUCAAAUGUUGCAGGACGUUAAAAUGAAAUACAGAACGUCAAGACACGCAUUAGAGUAGGCACAGAGACUUCCACUCAUGCUAACGAGGGGAAAGUGUCAUCCCAUUGUUAAGGAACCCUUAUGAAUCCUGAAAGUUAUGAGCACAACUAUUUUUAUAUAUAGAAGUUUUAAAAGGUAAAUAAAUAAACCAGGUCAGGUUUGUAUCUGUAAAAUUGUUGACAUCAAUGAUGUCUUUCCAUAUUCUUUAUCUGGGCUAAAGAAAUACAUUCUGUAUUUUUCCAGAUUUCUUUGUAGCCUUUGAAAGAUUUUUACAGUACUUAUGUCUUGAUUGAACUGUCCUUUCUUAAAACAAAAGCUUGUAUAAUUUUCUUAACUUGUACAGUUGGUAAACUUUUAUGAGAGAAUUGAUAUCCUGAGUCUAAUGUCAGCUUCAUUUUAUUUUGCUGAAGUCUUUUCUAA